CUGGAACAAAUACAUAUACAAAUAUACCAAUAAAAAUAAAACUGACCCAAUUAGUUUAUUUUAUUUUUUAGUAAAAAAACAGAUGAAAAAUUAGAAAUGUUGGGUCCGCACUCAUUCCUUAUUUGUGCAUAACACUGCUGCCAAAACAUGCGAAGCUAAUAAGCUCCCAAAAAAGUUUAAAGAUUGAGAAAAAGAAAAAGAGAACUAUGAACUCAAAGAACGGUCCUACCCCGCACCAUUCCAAAGAUUUUAAUUAAUAUUUUUAUCAUCUAUUUUUUCUUGUAGAUCCUUCUCUUUAUAAAACCCUUUUGUCACCUCUUCUUUCCUCAUAACAUCACAUCAUAGCCUAAACCAAAGAAAACCCUUAUUUGCGAUCCCCACUUGUUGUUCAUCACCAAGCCAAGCUCCAUGUCCUAGUCACUCCACAGAUUCCCUAUCAUCAUCAAUUCGUUUCAAACUUAGUUCCUUUCAAAGUCUUGUACAUAUAUACACACACACCUAUUAUUCUCUUGGUGUGUUUGUGUGUUACAUAUACGUGUGAGUACAUACUUUGUUGUAAAAGUGGAUCGGAGGUAUGGAAAGGGACCGGUUCCACCGGAAACAUCGGCGGCGGCGGAUGAUAAUUCGUCUUGGAACGAGACUGAUGUCACCGCCAUGGUCUCCGCUCUCAGCCGUGUCAUAGAGAAUCCGACAGACCCGCCGGUCAAACAAGAGCUUGAUAAAUCGGAUCAACAUCAACCAGACCAAGAUCAACCAAGAAGAAGACACUAUAGAGGCGUAAGGCAGAGACCAUGGGGUAAAUGGGCGGCAGAAAUCCGCGAUCCAAAGAAAGCAGCCCGUGUCUGGCUCGGGACUUUCGAGACGGCAGAGGAAGCUGCUUUAGCCUAUGACCGAGCUGCCCUCAAAUUCAAAGGCACCAAGGCUAAACUGAACUUCCCUGAACGGGUCCAAGGCCCUACUACCACCACAACCAUUUCUCAUGCACCAAGAGGAGUUAGUGAAUCCAUGAACUCACCUCCUCCUCGACCUGGUCCACCUUCAACUACUACUACUUCGUGGCCAAUGACUUAUAACCAGGACAUACUUCAAUACGCUCAGUUGCUUACGAGUAACAAUGAGGUUGAUUUAUCAUACUACACGUCGACUCUCUUCAGUCAACCUUUUUCAACGCCUUCUUCAUCUUCUUCUUCCUCCCAACAGACGCAGCAACAGCAGCUACAACAACAACAACAGCAGCGUGAAGAAGAAGAGAAGAAUUAUGGUUACAAUUAUUAUAACUACCCAAGAGAAUAAUCUAAUUAUUAUUGUUGGUCGAAUCAGUUUUAUAAAUAGCUAUCAUAGUUUCAUUUUUGGUUUCCGUAACCUUUGUUGCAUGGAAAAUAUGAAUGAACGAGGGACAUGUGUAACAAUUUGUUUGUGUUUCGUAAAUGUUAGUUGUAUUUGGAUUUGCUGAAGUUUGAUUUUCUGAGCAUAAAUCAUUUGACGGUCAUUCAUGAGACAUAAAUU